CUGUACUUUGGUUUCACUUUUAUUUUCCUUAAACAUGAUGAAGCCUGCACAGAGACGCUUCCAGCAAAGGAAAUCUGUUAUUCCUUUUUCACCUAACUUCACCUUGGCAGAGUAAAGGGACUAUUUUUGGAUUAAAUCUGUUCUGAUUUGGAGGUAACUAAUGGGGGAAAAUGUCCAAACGAUACCAGGAGGAGCACAGCCCCACAAGGACAGGACUCUGAACAGACAAGUCCGGACCCUCAGGGUUAAGAUGGUGCUUUUGGGAAGUUCUGGAGUGGGGAAGUCCAGUCUGGCUGUCCGAUUUGCGAAGAAUGAGUUCAGAGACACAUCACCUACUGUAGGCUGCGCUUUCCUGACCCAGGUGGUACAUGUGAGUGAUGCCAGUCUUCGCUUUGAGAUAUGGGACACAGCAGGCCAGGAGAAGUAUCACAGUGUCACCCCACUUUACUACAGAGGAGCUCAUGCAGCACUCUUGGUUUAUGAUAUCAGCAAAAGGGAAACAUUCAUCCGAGCUCAGCUGUGGCUCAAAGAGCUCGAGAAACACUACAUCCCAGGCUCGACUGUCAUUUUUCUGAUAGGCAACAAAGGAGACUUGGCUUGGGAUCGACAAGUCUCAGUGCAGGAAGGACAGAAUCUGGCCCAUGAGAAGGGCUUGUCUUUUAUAGAGACGUCAGCUCUGUCAGGGGAUCAGGUCAAUGAACUCCUGCUAGAUGUAGCCCACAGAGUGUAUGAGUGCAUUGGAGAGCAGCAGGGUGGUCUGCUGGAGUGGCAGGAGGGUCAUCGAGUGGACCUCCAACAUACGAACAGGUUCAACCCUUUUGCUUACUGCUGCAGAGUCGGACCCUGACCUCUGCAACUUCUAUCUCUCUUUGCUUCUGUCAAAGCUGCACCGGGUCAUAGUCUUAUACCAGACUUAUACCAGACUUACAGACACUUUUAUACUAGACAUAAUCAUGUAAAAAACUUCAAAUUCAAUAAAAAUGCACUAAUUCUUAACAUAUAAGUUUCUGCCAUUUUCAUUUCUGAUGCUGCAAAGAUCCACACAAAUUGUAUUCUGAGAUGAUUCGGUUUCAUAAUCAUAGAACUCAAAUCCUGAAACUACCCCCCUACCCCCUACCGUUGAGACAUGCUGAGUACAUUUCAGUUCACAAUUUUUCCAUUUAUUACAGUGCCCACACUGGUUUCAUGCACUCUUCCUCAGUGGGUUGAAAAUCAACCUCCAGGAGAUUCUAAACCCCACUCAGUCUUAGCACUUGCCAGAUGUUGAGUUGAAUUUCCUCUCCUCACUGCUACGGUAGUAUCUGUCUGUCAUUAAAUCUAGCAGGGAUCCCUCAAAUUCACUUCAGUUGAUGUGGUUCCUGAAAGAUGAACAGACAUCCAGCUGUCAAAGAUUUUGACAGUUGUGCAAUUUGUAAUAUAGAUGUAUUUUGUCAAUGCUAUGAGAUACUGUGCUGUUGUUUUGGCAGAAGCAUUUAUAUCAUUAAAAGUGGCAACAGAGAUACUUAGAAGUGCACUGAACUUUACUGAGAUGUUCAGUAUAUCAGAUCUGCACAUGCUCGUGUGCUUAUGUAAAGUGUUAUG